AAUAAAUAAGUUUAAUCUUUCGAAUUUUUAGAGCAGAUGAGAUGGUUAAACAAAAUAUAAUGAGUACCCCACUAUCCCAGUUUCUUGCACAAAAAUAAGAUGGAAGAGUUUUAUUAGAAAGAAUUUACUAUACAAGUGCACUUAGUCACUUACCGCUAUAAAAUUUAUGUUUGUCGCAUUCGCACUGAAGUUUUCUUUAUAUUUUUCAGUUUGAAGAGAUUGUUUACAAGGUAAAUUAUGAAAGAAAAAAUGAUUUUUGUGGAGGAAAAUUGAGCAAUACUAGAGAGAAAACAAUCCUCAAUGGGGUGACAGGGAUGGUCUGUCCAGGCGAGAUUCUGGCGAUGUUAGGUCCAUCAGGCAGUGGAAAAACCACCCUACUUACGGCUCUUGGAGGUCGACUUUCUGGCCAGUUAUCGGGGAAGAUUACAUACAACUUCCAGCCAUUUUCAGGCUCCAUCAAACGUAAAACAGGAUUUGUUGCACAGGAUGAUGUUCUCUAUCCACAUCUCACUGUAUUUGAAACUCUACUAUUUACUGCGCUAUUAAGGCUGCCCAAAAGCCUAGCCAGAGAAGAGAAAUUACAGCACGUGGAGCAUGUAAUAUCAGAGCUUGGAUUGAGUAAAUGCCGCGAUAGCAUGAUUGGAGGGCCAUUGUUAAGAGGGAUAUCAGGUGGGGAGAAAAAAAGGGUGAGUAUAGGUCAAGAAAUGCUGAUAAAUCCAAGUCUAUUGUUGCUGGAUGAGCCUACUUCUGGGCUUGAUUCGACCACCGCGAAACGGAUUAUUAACACAAUCAAGCGGCUGGCUAGUGGUGGCCGAACGGUGGUUACCACCAUCCAUCAACCUUCUGGGCGGCUCUACAGUAUGUUUGAUAAGGUAGUCUUGCUUUCGGAAGGCUGCCCCAUAUACUAUGGCCCUGCAUCAACUGCCUCGGACUAUUUCUCUUCAAUUGGGUUUUCAACAUCCAUCUCUGUGAAUCCUGCUGAACUUUUGCUCGAUCUCGCCAAUGGAAUCAGACCUGAUUCGGAACAUGGUGACAGUACACAACAAGAUCCGAAAUCCGUGAGAGAAUUUCUCAUCUCUGCUUACGACAAGAACAUUUCUACAAGGUUGAAAAUUGAAUUGUUAAGUUCGGAUGUAAAUAGCUACACUUACACAAAGGAUACCUCCACUAGAAAUGAUGUGAAGUUAGAGCAGUGGUGUACAACUUGGUGGCACCAAUUCAAAGUGUUGAUUCUUCGGGGACUGCGAGAGCGAAGAUUUGAAGCCUUCAACAAGCUAAGAACCUUUCAAGUCAUUAGUGUGGCGAUACUUGGUGGGCUUCUUUGGUGGCACACUCCGUCAUCUCACAUUGAUGAUCGUCUAGCAAUGCUGUUCUUCUACUCAGUAUUCUGGGGCUUCUACCCGCUCUACAAUGCCGUAUUCACUUUCCCUCAGGAAAGAAGAAUACUGAUCAAGGAACGUUCAUCUGGCAUGUACCGUCUCUCCUCCUAUUUCCUUGCAAGAACAAUCGGAGAUCUCCCUCUUGAACUCGCACUCCCGACAGCAUUUACGUUCAUCUUCUAUUGGAUGGGCGGCCUAAAACCUGAACCCCUCGUGUUCAUCCUCUCCCUCCUCAUCGUGCUCCUUAGUGUCCUCGUAGCCCAGGGCCUCGGCCUGGCAUUCGGGGCAAUACUUAUGGAUGUAAAACAAGCUGCAACUUUAGCCUCAGUUACGACGUUGGUUUUCCUCGUCGCCGGAGGAUACUAUGUUCGCCAAAUUCCAGCAUUCAUCGUCUGGUUAAAGUACCUGAGUUAUAGUUAUUACUGCUACAAGCUUCUUCUUGGGGUUCAGUACACCGAGGAGGACUUUUAUGAGUGUGGAAAGGGAGUUUAUUGCCGGGUUGCUGAUUUUCCUGCUGUUAAAUCAGUUGGUUUAAGGCAUUUGUGGAGGGAUUUGUUAGUUAUGGGAAUAAUGUUGGUGGGAUAUCGUUUUCUUGCAUAUUUAGCUUUGCGCCGGGUAAGGUAAAGCUUGGGUCGAUAAUUAGUCACUCGAUCAUUUUUCAACGCUGUUGUCGCACAUGGUUAGUGGGAGAUAACGUAGUUGGUCGAAUAAAGUUCGAAGAGUUUUACGUUUUUUUUUAGCGAUUGAGAAAUAAUGUUAGAUUAAGAAAAUUUGAUAACCAUUUCCAGGUUUUGAUCAUCAUUCUCUAUGAACGUUGGAUAAUUACUGCUUUGUGGUAGUAGUUCAUAUAAAUUGUAUAACAAAAAUGGACUUAAAUGUUUGGAAAAUCCUCUAUUUAUGCGGGUAUACACGUACCUGUUUAAGAAGCAAAGAAAGUCUAUUAAGAAUGGAUAUGUUCUCGAAUAUGGAGUUAUACAAUCCACUUAAAUAAAAUGUACGUUUAUG